CGAUAAGUCCGUAAAUUUUAGCAGCACACAGACCUCUAAUCUGAUUACUUAUUCUCAGUUGGCACAUUUUAACCCUGGCUUUGGUUGAUAAUAAUCAAAUUUUGAACUUAUCAAAUAGCUUCAGUCAAUAAUUUUCAACUUCAGUUCAGCUAUAACUAUUCUUAUAGCUUUGCAUAAUAUGUUGGUUAAUCUGAUAUUUUCUCUCCAUCUAAAAAUUUUAGUCUGUAAAUUUUAUGUUUUCAUACUCAGUCUUGUAGACUCUUUUAAAUUCAUCCUCUCCAGUGACGUGGAAAUUUUGAAACCUCCAUUUGGACUUCGUCUUGACGUCACGCCGCUGGGAACGAAUUAAAUAAUUUCCAUUUUGAUAAUUGCCUCGAGAUACUGCCAUCUUUCUUCAGAAGAGAUUUUCAUGGCCCCUUUUCCGGUUGUUUAUCUAUACCAUCUCUUUUUUAUAAUUCAUUUGUGCUAGUAUGAAUGAAUUUUGCUGUUUACCUUACCCUACUUGAUUCGUUAAAAUCUGCAAAUAAAAGUCAUUUUCUCGACUUUUAUAGUUGUAUCAUGGCUUAAAAAUUUACGUAAGCACUAUAAAAUAGACCUAAAGUAAACCAAUAUAAAGUAAACCUAAAGUAAACCUUGCAAUUUUGUUCACCAUGCAAGUCCUAACUGUUGAGUGAUGAGGUAUAUUGAAAAUUCGACUCUCCGAAAAAGAGAUUUGAACUGACUGAUUUCAAUUCCGAGGAUCUAUCAAAUGCAUUAAUUGAUCCAUUUCUAAUUUGGCUCCGGUUAAAUAGGUCCGGACGGUUUUUUUUGCUUAAAUCCUUACCCCGAAGAGAAAAAACGCAAUUUUGUUUCUGCCCUGAAACUAUUCCUUAUCUUGACAUUUAAUUGGCUGUUUUAAUUAUCUUGACAUUGGCUGUUUUUAAGAGGGGAAUGUUGCGGACCCUUCUUGUUUUGGUGACGGUAGGGGUAUGCUUGGCUAAAGUCAAUUAUAAAACUACGAGGAAAGUCAUUUCCGAGGAAGAAAAGGAUCGUAUCAUAUCUGCUGACGACGAUGAUGCCUUCGCGAGGUUUCUGACGGUGUACGAUGAUAUAGAACCAGAAGGUUUCCGAGGUUCCACCACCCCCAGCGAUCUUGCCGAGGAGAGGAGAAACCAGAAGGAGAUUUUCGUUCGUAAUAUCCGAACUAUCAGAGAACACAAUAAAAGGUACGCUCGCGGAGAAGAGUCCUACAAGAUGGUUGUUAACUCCUUCGCAGUUAUGGACGAGGCCAACAGGAGAAUGUUCCUGGGUUUGGGCCAAGAUUCUGUUAACCCUCGUCCAGUUUUCGGAGUUGGAACUUCUAGAUCUCCGAUGGGAGAUCGUGAGCGUGGUCUGUUCAACGCAACUGUUGGGCGCGGUCUCGGAUCAGCUGGUCUUGGAAGAACCAGGGCCGCUACUUCCGUGGACUGGAGAAGCAAACUUGGACCAAUCAAGGAUCAGGGAACAUGUGGAAGCUGUUGGACGUUCCCAGCUACAGCUCUUCUAGAAUUUGCCGUUCAAACGACUUCAGGACGAAAGAUCGCUCUUUCUGAACAGCAAUUGCUGGACUGCACCUACGAAAAACAGAGUUACAACGCUUGCCAAGGAGGAUGGUAUUACCAAGCAUGGGACUACAUCAUCAAGAAUAACAAUAAACUGGCCAGUGAACGCGAAUAUGUAUACAAGAAUGCCGAUGGACGGUGUUACGACAGUUACUACACCAACGCUCUGGAAGGAAAAGUCAAACUGAACAGUUACUUUAAAGUUGCAGCAUCACAAGUUGUAGACAAGAUGCAGAUUUCCCCGCUGGCCGUCGCAUUCUUCGUGGACAACGCCUUCUACUCCAUUGGUGCGGGAGUGUUCGACGGAUGUAACUCUUACUACCCAUCCAACCAUGCUGUUACUCUGACUGGAUACGGAAACGGAUACUGGGAGAUAAGAAACAGUUGGGGAGCAGAUUGGGGUAACCAAGGUUACGGUAGAUUCAGAAGGUCAGGGGACAGAAGCAUUUGCAACCUGCUCAGCGACGUAUACGGCAUCAGUUACUCCAGAAUGGAUGACCGUGAUGAUGACCGUGAGGAUGACAGUGAGGAUGACCGUGAUGAUGACAGAUCGUCAGAUUGUGCUGACAAUGCUCAGUAUGCUGCUAACUGUGGGGAUUGGGCCGCUUCUGGAUAUUGCGAUACAGGAGACUACUCGGAGUGGAUGCAGGCUAACUGUUGGAAGAGUUGUGGAGCGUGCAGGGAGAGGGAAGAAGAGAGAGAAGAUGGCUGCACCAACACCAGGACUGAUACCGAGUGCAGCAAUUGGGAGGACGAGUACAGCUACUGCACCCAAGGGGAGUUUGUUGAGUGGAUGGCGACUAAUUGCGCUAAAACUUGCCGAUCAUGCGACCGAAGAGAAGAAGAGGAGGAAAGGGAAGAGGAAAGGGAAGAAGAACGGGAAGAAGAGAGGGAAGAAGAGAGGGAAGAUUGUGAAGAUAACAGAGAGCAUACUGAAAAUUGUCCUAUUUGGCGGGAGUCUCGCUAUUGUGUGGAAGGCAAUGAGUACUACGAGUGGAUGAGGGAUAACUGUGCUAGGACAUGUGGAGCUUGUAGAGAAAGAGAAGAGGAAGAGGAAGAAGAAGAGGAAGAAGAAGAAGAAGAAGAAGAAGAAGAAGAAGAAGAAAGAUCUGGAGACUGUGAGGAUGAACACGAGAAAUGUAGAAAGUGGUUUAAACAGGGACACUGUACCAACGAGGAUAAUCGAGAUUACAUGCGAACAAACUGCCGGAGAUCUUGCGACUCUUGCCGUGAGGAGGCAACUGAGGAGGCAACUGAACGAUCUGCGGAGCUUCUCCGUUAUCGGGAGGUUACCCAAAGCAGCACCCAAAAAAUCAAGAAGAGGUUAAUGGAGGCCAGCUUUGCUGUCGACCGUGAUGAAAAUACAAGGUCACAAACAAAGUGUUCUAAAAAAGACGCAUGGUUCAAAUAUCAGUUUGAGGAGCCAAGCAGAGUAAUGAGAGUUGAAAUUCUCAACGGAAACUUCGACAAGAAAAGAGAGAAAUUGAACGGAGCUAUAGUUUAUGUAGAAGAAGUGGAGGGUCUGAAAAGGCGAUGUGGUGAGAUAACAGUUCGUAAGUCCUCCUCCAGCGACGGCCAGACUUACGCUGUGGAUUGUGAAGGAACCUACGCAUCCGGGAUUGAAAUUGUGCAAAGAAUGUCGUACAAGAACAAGAAAUGUUUGGAGCUGAAAGAAGUUAGAGUUUACGGUUUUACUGGAGAGGAUAGAACUGAAGCUUCAGCUUCUUCAUCGUCACCUGAAGGUGUCACUGAAUCUAGGAGGGAGGAAGAGCGAGAAGAUGAUAACGGCGGAUGUCCAGGAGGGACUACCCGGUGUCCAGAUGGAAUUUGCAAACACGUCCACAUGUGCAAUCGGGAGUAUUAAUUUGUGAUCACGUGGUCAGAAUGUCGUAUCACUUAUAAUACUCGGUGUUAAUAGUAACAAGUGAUACCAAAUACUACUCCAAACUCAUCUUAUAAAAUGUUUUAAAGUUCUUAAUUAGAUUAGGUAAAGUUUAUUUUUAUACAGUUCUUCAUUUUGAUAAUGAGUAAGAAAUGUCAAAUUUACAACUUUCCACUUUUAUAGUUUUCGUAAUAUUCGAUCACUCUGUAAUUAUCAAAUAUUCUUUUUGAAAAUACUUCCGCGUGCAUUUAUGUAUACAUCCUGAACUUAA